UCCGUUUACUGCCAAAAGAGAUGAUUUAAUGUUCGUCACUAUGUAUGCAGUUUACCGAUCCGUCUUUCCUUUUUGGAAUGUUUAUUCAGUCUGAGUCUUUGUAUAAGUUCUAGAGUUAGGAGCUGUUUGGUGAUCAAUGUGAAUAUGUACUUCUGUGGCACUUGCGAAAAUACAGCAGACGACAAUCAUACCUACAUGUCUAACACCUACCAGAGACAGUAAAGUGUCUCUGCACCAAUAUUGUCAAUGGUGUGGACAUGGGCAUAGUGCGCUUAACUAAUGCUCUAUCAAAUUGAAGCAGCCAGAUUUGUGAUAUUUUCAACAAAAUGGCUACCACUACAGAAAUUAUUGAAGGGUUUUUGUGCCCUAUGUGUAUGAAAGACUUUGGAACAGUCACACUACUGCAGCAUCACUUUGAAGAUGCUCACACCUCUGAAGACAAGGCAGUUUUCCAGCAGCUCAAGGGAUUUUUUGACAAGGCCAAGAAAAAGAUUAUGGGUGACAAAGAUACCAACCCAUUCAUAGAGCAGAAUUCUUCCAGUGGUGGGGAUGUCACUAAUUAUAGUCAAGGAUUGUCAGGCUAUGAUUCAUCAUGGUGGGAGCCUCAGGAUUUUGGGGCUAGUCAAAGCCAUUUAGAUUUUUUCAAGUCCAUACGUGGGGCUCGUGUUGACCAUUUUGUAGUGGAGACCAAUAAAUUGCUUAUUCGCUUGGACAAGUUGUUGAAUCCUGAUGCACCCACAGAACCCAAAAGAAGAAAAGCAUUUGAAAUGUCAGUAGUACGAUGGAUUCCUGAUCGAGAAGUUCCAGCUUGCUUGAGAUGCGCAAGAUCAUUUGGCUUGAUGACACGACGUCACCACUGCCGUUUGUGUGGGGGCAUUAUUUGUGAUCGGUGUUCCCAAUUUUUAACAUUAUCAUUUGCACAAAAAUUGGUCAACCCUGCUUUCUGUUUUGAGGGUGAAGGAUUUCUGAAACGUAGUGGCAGUAAUACAAGCCUUAACUCUCUUAUGAGUACAGAGGGGGAACCCCACAUGAGAAUAUGUGCUGAUUGUCGGCAGCUACUUGAGCGACGAGACAGCAUGACUGAACUUCGGAACACCAAACCUCCCAUUGUUCAGCUGUAUGAGAAAAUGAAAAUGUGUAUUGAAGAAGCAGAAAAUAUUCUUCCUCAGUAUUUGCCUAUGGUGGACUCCUUAAGCCAGGGAGAAGCAGUUCACAGUUAUAGAGAUGCUCAGAUACUACGCACAAAACUUGUUAAAUUGUAUGAAGCUAUUGAUCAGUUAAGCAAGAGAAUACUAUUGUUUGGACUCGACACUGAUCCACAACCCAACCCAAAGCAAGUGUACCUGCAAAAAGCCAUACGUAUGUAUGCCAGCAACUUCAUGCAAGAGAAUCUGAUGGGUUUGCAGAAUUUGCUUUCAGAAGAUGAGGUGAAACGACUGCAGGAAGUGAGAAAGGCAGAGAUUCAGCGCAAGAUUGCAGCAGAGCGACAGGCGGCAAUGGAAGCACAGGAAAGAGAGCGUCAGCAGCGAGAACAGGCUUCAUCUGCAGAAGCCAGUGGCUGUAGAUCAGAGGCAUCAGGUGUCAAGUCGCAGGGCCAUCGCAGGCAAGAAUCCACAGCUUCUAAUGGUAGCCUGGGCAAGGGCUGGAAACCAGAGGGUGAAAUAGAGCAUGCAAGUCGUAUAAAUGACCCUAUGCUGCAGCAGAUUGAGAUUAUCCGGGGAUAUAUCCGGCAAGCCAAACAGGCCCAGCGCAUGGAUGAGGUGACCAUGCUGGAACAAAAUUUGCGGGAACUUCAGCUGGAGUUUACACGUCAGAGGCAGGCACAAGGGGAUCUGUCCUAGUAUUACAGACUUUUAUCUUAUUUUCAGCAUUGACCUUUUGUUGCAUGCAGAUAAUGGCUAAAACAUUUAGUAUGUUUGGUUUCCUACUGCUCGUCUUCACCACUCCUUGCAAUGCUGGCUUAAUCUUUCAGACAUGAACACAUUUAUACUCAAAGAGAGAAACACAACUUCAAAUGUGGCUUUUAAUUCUCUCAUGAUUUCCUGCCAGAUAUUUAGUUUUCAUUGACUGUAUUAAUCUUAAUGAAGCAACAUCAUUAUUCUCUUUUGUUCCUAAGUACUACCUUAUCCUAAAACGUGUGGAACAUGAAGCAGUAAAAGGAAUGGUAAACCCUGCUGUAAAACACCUCUGAAGGUGAUGUGUAUGUGUUGAUAAUGUACAUGUGUAAAUGACAUGUAUGUGUUGUUUAUAAUGUGUACUUAAUGAUACUUGUGUGUAAGCUUGUUCAAGGUUAGUGACAUCCGCUGCAUUCCACCUGCAUUUAUUUCCACCUGUGAGUUGACAAAACCAAAUGGAAAUUGUUUUUCACUUUUUCUGAUCUACGGACCAUCUGCUUACUCACUACAUUUUCUGUUGCUUAGAUUUCAGAAAUAACAGGUCUAAAGAUCUGUGUGUUUUGUUGAUGAGUCUUCUGAUCAAAUGAGUGAUUGACGUUACUUGCCACACUCACAGCUGGAUGGAGCUGCACAGAAACUUCCUAAACUUUCAAAAUAGCUUCUUGCAUCAUAUACUGCGUAGUUUAAAAAUAAUUGGCAAAUAUGGUUAAUUGAUAUGCUUUCAUCUUGUUAAUAACAAAGAAUUUGAAUGGAAAUGCAGUCUAAUCACAGUUUCCAACCUGUAAAUCUUCUUGACAAUGUUUGUAAAUCUUCUUGACAAUCUUUGGUGGCUGUAUUGCUUGCAUGUUUAUGUGUAAGUGUAUUGUAUGCAGCAUGGUCUGAACCAUGUUUAAGUGCAUCGAGUGCCCUUAUCUGAGAGGAAAUGCACUUAACAAGUGACCUCUGUUACUUUUAGUAUCUUGGCUGUGUGUAGCUAUUUGCAUUUUCAGUAAGAAAAUCCCACUUUUGGUAAAUGAGGCCAAGGCUUGUGAACAGAAUGUGUGGGAAUUAUAUAUCUGCAUUGAUUCCCCAGAUCCAAAGGUGCCUGUGAAUGGGGAACAGUGGGUCUAGGCUGCUUGGCAUUGCUGAAUUUUGUAAGACCUGUUUUGCAGAUGGGUAUUUUAUAGCAUCAAUUAAGCAUUUGAUUAGCUAAGUGUCUGAUGUCAAUGGUGAAAAUGAAAGUCAGUGUGAGCAAGCCGUUGGUUGUUUAAAGAUCAAAGGCUGUUUUUCCUUUUUAUUAUAACAUGGCCAGUAACCCAGCAUAUGCUGAAAUAGAUUUCUUCUUUUUCUUCUCCCCAAAGUGUCUGAAAACUUGAAAUUUUUGUUGAUAACAGUUAAUGACCUGUUGUUGACUUCUGUCUGUAGCAGUACAUACCUUCUCAUCCACUUCUUGACAUCAGCUUUUGUUUUUAGCAAAUGUAUAACCUCAUUGCCACAUUUAUGAAAGUUUUACAUUACAGGCACAAUCAGUUGGAACUGAGGAAAUACAAUCAAUUAACAUUUACUUUCUCACAUGCAACUCAUCUUUGUCUUUUCUUGAUAGAAUUUUAUUUGUUUACAAGGUAAAGAAUAUUGGGUUUUUUUACACAGAGCCAGUAGCUAAGCGCUAUCAUGGCAAAGCAGCUGGCCCUGUAAACAAACCACAUGAAGAGAAAGAGUUCAGGAGGAAGGGUUUUGAGUACAGGAAGGGUGGGAAUUAAUCAGUAAACAUAUCUGAGCCUGCAAUGUCUGCUGGACAUUUGCCUUCCAAAAGCCUUUUGAAGUACAUUAAGUGUAACACACUGAGUACUAUUUUACAGUCUAGUACAGGCUGAAGCAUUGUUGUGUACCCUCAAUGAUGGCCAAGGCAAGUGUGUUAAUAUUGCUUGGACAUCGAGUAAAUGGAAAAAAGGGCUGAUACCUGUUUCUGCAGAGCAACGAAUAUUAAUUUUUAGCUUAGCUAAUGAAAUAGCUGAAUUAGCAGGCAAUAUUCAGCAUCUAUUUCUACAACUUAGUGUAAAUGUCAGUCUGAUGCCUUCUCUUUUCAUACCUCAGAUUUAAAUCAUUGUUCAGUUGGUUGGCUACCAUGUAAAGAGGCAACAUUCAUAUUGUUCAUUUUGCUCGUUUUGUGCUUGGACUUCAGCCUAGUACUGUUAAAAUAUUUUAAAGGUAUACUUUUGAUGGGAUCGUGCAUUUCUGAGUUAACCUAAUGCUUUAGAGUGGAUAGCUAUCUGAGCUUUAAAAUCAUACAUAGGAUUGGAUCUUGCAUGGGAAAUAAAAUGUGUUUACUGCUUACUGUGUGCAUGUACCAGUUUUUGUAGUCAUGCUCAAUUCAUCACAUAAGAAGGCUUGUGGCUCUUUUAUUGUAGAAAUCUUUUUGUUGAACUUCAGUUUAUCUUUUUUUCAACUUCAUAAUCAAGAAAUGUAUAUCAUGUUGAUAGUUGUGUUUUCUUGUAUGGAAAAUGAUAGAAGUUUUGAUGAAGUUUAUCUGCAUAUGAAAAAUAAUUGAAACUGAAAAUUCAUGGGAUAUUGCAAUAGGGAAGUCGUUUAAUUAUUCAGCAUGUUUAUUUUACAUUUACAAAUGACGCUAUAGCAGUCUUACGAAAUGUUUUAUUUAAAAGAUACUGACAGAUUCAAUUUAAGGUAAAAAGUAUCAAAGUAAAUACAUUAUUAGCUCUUUUUUAACAUAUCUUGGUUGGAAUAACAGUCCCAUUGUUAGCAUCUUCAGCUUUUCAGUUUAAAAACAGAAUUAUUUGAAGACAUUGUUUGUACUAACUGCUUGUUUCCUAAAUGAGUGUUACAAAUAGCUUACAGAAAACUUUAAUGCCAAGAGGGUGCGCUGUACAGUGCUGGUUGUUAAUACUACAAGCAACAUCCUCAGUGUUCUGCAAUGAAUGGCUUUUUUUGCUUUAAAAUGAUUAUACAUUUCCUUGAUAAAAACUCCUUUUUAUGCUGAACUAUAUGAGGGGGUGGUCAUUUAAUGGCAUGUCAGCCAUCAGUAAUUUUUUAUUUAUUUAGUAUGUCAUUUGGUUUUUGACUCUAAUCUCUCUUUGCUUCAGUCCCUAACAACCUGAAAAAGGUUAAGGGAUGACCUUUACGGUUUUAGGAAUGGCUGUAUUAAUGUUAAGGUAAUGUCAGUUCUGGUUGACAACAGCAUGUAUUAUCAACAGUCCAGAAUCAUUAUGUAUGUGUGCACAAAAACAUGAUUAGAAUGUUCUUAUGGCCUUUUGUGAUCACAUUUCCUCUGACCAUCAGUAAAAAAAAAAAAACUUUGCAGAUAAAUGAUUAUUCUGCACAGUGCCAGUUUCAUUUUUGUGCAAUAAACUGUGCCAUGGCCUAGUCAAUGACCAGAAGUACUUAAAUGAAAAAAUACAGUAUAGGCAUCUCUGAUCUAUAAAUGUAAAUAUAAAAUCAAAGUCCAUGUACAGCAUCUCAUGUAUUCUGUUUUAUUAACUGACAAAUGCUCAUGUUCCAUAUGUGAGGAUUCAUGCACACACACACACAUAUCUUUUUCUGCCUGUCCUUGUUGUACAGACACAUUCAAACAAACUGCUAAAAGUAAAACAAUGCUAUCCUGUCAUGUAACUGGUGUAAGUGCAGUGAAGUCAAAAUGAUUCUGCUAUUCACAGGUUGCAAUGACGUUUCUAAGCUUAGAAUAAAAUCAAACUUUUUGAA